AGAGAGCUGGUUGCCUUUUCUCUUUCUAGAUGUCACGAUGGCAAAAUCAGCAAAACUCAUCCAACAGCAGCUGGAGAAGGAGCUCAACACCUUACGAGUGACCCGUUCUGCAGCCCCCACCAGUCUGGAUGGGGCAGGCACUGGAGGCCCUGCCCAGCUGGGGAAGAAGGGCAAGGACUUUGACUUCUCCCAACUUCCCAUGAAGGUGGAAUUUGUGGAGUGCAGUGCACGGGGCAGCAAGGGAGAGGAGGGAGAUGCUGACUUUGAGGGCCUGGAGAAAUGGUUGGCCAGGAUUGCCUGAGGGGAGGAGGACAGGGCUGGAGGGAGAGGCUUGGGAAGCCAGGGGCAGAACACUUCAGGACUAAAAGGACAGAAAAAAAAAAAAAAAAAAAAAAAAAAAAGGUCUGAAGCACUCAAAUUGCUGUAGAAAGAAGAAAUCUAAGCUGAAAAGCAGUGUUGUGUCUUCCUCUGCUGCCCGUGCACCAGGGAGCAACAUCACCCCACUGCUGGUACCAUUUCCUCCGACUGCCUCUCUCACACUGCAGCAUUUCUUUUCCCAUCUCCUCUCUUCCUUUUAUCUCCCUUUGGGAUAGUUGCUGCUUUUCCUUUUUCUUUAGGCUUUUCACUUGGUAGCUGCCAGGCAGAUUAGGAAAGAUUUUGACAGAUUGCAGUCUGGGUGAAAUCUUCUGCUUCCCUUUAGCACUGUGACCCCGGCAUCUCUCAGAGCUGCAGUCACCUCCUCCUGACUCCAGGUUCUUCCCCAGCAGUGCCUGCCAGCACCCUGCACACCAUUUUGCUGUCACAGCCACGUGCCUCUGUGUUGGGCAGUUGGUGAGGAGAUCAGAAGCUGCUCUUCACCUUUGUCUCCCUGCUUCCCAUUCUUCCAUACUGGUGCAGUCCCAUUCCUGUGCAGCUGGAGUGAUCUGUUUAGUGCCCAAACCAGCACUGCCUGUGUCCCCUGUGCCACUCCUGGGCACUUCCUGAGAGUUUUUUUUCCAGGUGAAGGCUGUGUUCUGAAAGCUUUUCCACCUCUGCUUCUCCUUCCCAUACCCCAGACUCUUUCCCCCCCCCAGACAAACUCUCCAAGCAGCAGUUAUUGAAGCUCUGGGCUGGGCAGGUUGGGAGAGUCCUGAAUGCCUGGGGAGGCAUCAGCCCCCUGCCCAUCCCCUCCUCCAGGAAGAACUUGGUGUGGGGAAUGGGGUGGCAGCUGUGGCACAGUCAGGGGGAAAGUUGAGUCCCCAGAGGGAGCUGUGGUGUUUGGCAGGUGGGAGAGGAGCCCCUGGGUGUUCAGUUUCCCCUUCCUGAGCAGCUCUGGAGCAAACACAGUUGCCCUGUGCCCUGAUGGGUGCCACUGCUAUGCAGCAUCUCCAGGCUGCAUGCUGGGAGGCCCUGCAGCCCUGAAAGCUCUUCUGGUGAUGUGGUUGUUGCUUCAGUAGCUGCCAGACCUUUUCUCUCCUCUCCUUUGAUGCUUCCUUUGUCAUUUAACUGAUUUGUUGUGGUCUUUCCCUUCCCACCUGAGGCAUCAUCUUCCUCCCAAGUGUCAGAGGUGCUGGGCAGAGCAAGAGUCCUCAGCCAAGACCUCUGCUUUGCAUUUCCAGUCCUGGGACCCAGCAGCUCUCCUGCUGCCCAUGCAGGAGGUGGGGAGGGUUCUGUUUAUGAACUAUCUUCUAUUCUUACCUCUCCUGCUGCUGGAACGUGGUGGUUGUGCUCUGAGCCCCUUUAGCUGCCUGCUUUGACCCCCAGUGUUGCAGUGAGAAUAUUGGUGCAUUUUUUGGUGGUUCCUCUGCUUGCACAGACCCAGCUCUUGAACAGCAGAGCCCAAGCACCUCUGCUGGCAUAAGGAGGGGGAAGGUAGCUUGAGGCUGUGCUUGGUUUGAAGCCCUUCUUACUGAAAGUAUUCCUCAAAUUAAAAAAAUCUUGGCUU